AUGCCCGCCCGCCCCACUCCGUUCGCGCCGAAAGCCCCGCCUGCUUACCUCAUCAGCGCCGGGUGGCAGUGCAGUUCAUUUUCGGACAAAUCUGGACAAAAAGAAAUUGAUGGUGGAGGCUGUGCAAAAGAAGCUGUGCGCUUGCUGAGCCUCGUGUUCAGCCAGCAAAGCACAACCUCAAAACGCUUGUCGUCGUUUUUAUUAUUUUCGACGACGGGUGAUGGAACCCCCGUUUACGCAAACCCCACCCGUUCAAACUCGUACUGUGCAGCGAUGAAUCGCCAUGUUGUGGCAACCUUGCUUGUAUUCCUUUUCGCCGUGUCCAUGGCAUCCGGCAGCUUCGCCGGACAAAGAUGGCGCCAAGAUCACUCUCCCCAAACGUUGAGGGAACCGUGGCCAUUCGUUUCUGCAGCAGGUCCACCCGGUCCUCCUUCACCACCCUUCGAACCCGGGCCACCAUUUGGCCCGCCAUUUGGUUCACCGCCAAAUGGCCCGCCAGUGGGUCCGCCGGUUGGUCCGCCUGUUGGCCCACCGCUUGGCCCACCGCUUGGCCCACCGCUUGGCCCUCCAGUUGAUCGUCAACAGCCGCCGCAAAGGUUUCCCGGAAUGCCAUCUGAUCGUUUCCCUCCACAAGGCAAUUUCCUUCCAGAAAAUCAGGUGACCAGGCAGGAAGUUCCUCCGUCCAUCAACAAUAACAACAAUACAACCUCGAGACAGUCGCAGAACCAGACAGUUUCAGAUGCCCUUAAUCAGUUCUCCAGUAACCAAACCGCGGUGGAUAAUUUGGUAAAAGGCAUGGAUUCCGACAAGAAGACGUCUUCCCUUUUAUUGGCCGCAGGCGUGCUGGCAGCAGAUGUGACUCAGGCUUCUGCACUGGAGGCUUCAUUAACAGCAAGCUGGCUUGAAUUGCACGUAUUUGCGAGCUAA